AUGCCUGCACUCCCUCUCUCUGAGAAUGAGGGCUGGAAGCGCCCGACCACCCCCUUUGGAAAGCCGAUGCUGAAGCAUUUCUGCAUGAACCCCGAGUAUCGAAAUCUCAAUGCGCCAUCCUGUGGUUCCUGGCCGAAGACCGUUCGCGAUCAGUGGAGGCGUUACCUCGACGAUCUCGAGGCCCAGCCUGACUACUUCUCCGAGGUGAAACAAGGCCCUGUGAUUCAAGAGGCACGGCGGGAGGUUGCCCAACUACUUCAUGCCCGCGUCUCCGAGUGUGUGUUCAUCUCCAACGCCACCACGGGGAUAUACACCGUCCUCCAUAACAUUCCUUUUGACAAGGACGACGUGAUCAUCACCUUCUCGACCACGUACGGCGCCAUCGAUAAUGCCAUCGCCUCGAUGGCGGAGACCCAGCCCUUCCAGACACGCAAGGUGACCGUUGACCUGCCUAUGCGCGGAGAGGAUAUCGUCGCCCGGUUUGAGGGCAUGGUAGCUCAGAUCAAGGCGGAGGGGUUGCAUCCUAGGCUGGCCGUCCUCGAGACCAUCGUUAGCAUUCCCGCCAUACGGAUGCCCUUCGAAUCCCUCGUGCAAGCCUGCCAGAGGGAGGGGGUUUUGAGUCUGGUGGAUGGUGCGCAUAGUAUCGGCCAAUUCUCCCUGAACCUCGAGGUGCUGCAGCCGGACUUUUUUAUUAUGGACUGCCACAAAUGGCUGUUCGUGCCUCGUCCCUGCGCUGCACUGUAUGUCCCCGAGCGCAAUCAGCACUAUAUUCGGAGCACCAUCCCGCCAUCGUUCGGCUUCAUCCCGAGGGAUGGCAAGCCCGCUCUGCCCCUCUGGUCUAAGCAGUCCGGCGGUGGUAGUAGUGGCUCCACGGCAACGGAUUUCGAGACUAUUUUUGCCUAUGUGGCGACUAGCGACAAUAUGCCGCAUAUGUGCAUCCCCACAGCCCUCAAAUUCCGUCGUGAGGUUUGCGGCGGUGAGGAGGCAAUUUAUCAGUAUCUGCGCGUUCUAGCAAAGGAAGGCGGGGAUAGGGUGGCCGCUAUUCUGGGCACGGAGGUGCUUGACGAGAAACCAGCCGGAGAAUACAAGAGUCAACGGACGCCGAGCGAGAUGAGAGAUUGUGGCAUUGCAACAGUGCGCUUGCCCCUGGCCGUAUCGUCAUCCCUUAAGCCUCCACCCCACAGCGGCACACCGUAUUCCCCACUUUCGGACGAGGAAGUGGGACCCGCAGUUCAUUAUCUGUCCAUGACCUUAGCCGAAACUCACAAAACAUGGCUUCCACUCAUUGACCACGGAGGAUACAUCUGGGUGAGAUUGUGUGCACAGAUAUAUCUAGAUACCUCGGACUUUGAGUGGAUUGGCAAUGUGCUUAAGGAGAUAUGUGAGACAAUUGGGAAGAAGGGGCAUGUCAUUUCUAAACACUAG